GGGCGGAGCCAGACUCGGCGUACAGGCCCCGCCCCGAGUUCCGCCGCGCUGAGCACUGCGCGCUGGGGGGACUGAAGGAGCAUGGCUCAGGAGCAGGGCGGGAGCCUGUCCGAGGCGCGGGCCCGGGUGGGGGCCCUGCACGGCAUCACCGACCUGGGCCGCAAGCUGCACUUCUAUGGGCGCUGGGCUGCGGACUACGACCAGGACGUCGCCGCCCUGCGGUACCGUGCCCCACGCCUCGCAGUGGACUGCCUUACCCAAGCCCUUCCGGGCCCGCCUCAUGCUGCCCGGAUCCUGGAUGUGGCCUGUGGCACCGGCCUGGUGGCUGCCGAGCUGCACGCUCGGGGCUUCCUCCAGCUGCACGGAGUGGAUGGGAGCCCAGAGAUGCUGGACCAGGCCCGAGCCCGUGGCCUCUACCAGCACCUCAGUCUCUGCAUCCUGGGCCAAGAGCCUCUGCCCAGUUCUGAAGGGACUUUCGAUGCGGUGCUGAUAGUGGGGGCCCUCAGUGACGGCCAGGUACCCUGCAGUGCCAUACCUGAGCUUCUGCGAGUUACCAAGCCAGGGGGGCUGGUGUGUCUGACCACCAGGACCAACCCAUCCAACCUGCGCUACAAGGAGGCACUGGAGGCCGCGCUGGACGGGCUGGAGCAGGCCGGGGCGUGGCAACGCCUCGUGGCCUGGCCGUGGACCGCUGGGAACUGGCCACCUCCGAGCUUGAGGUGGGGCCUGGAACUGACAAUGAUGGCUUCAUCUCCGGCAUCGUCUACCUGUACCGAAAGCGGGAGGCGGCCCAGAUGGAGGGAGUCAGGCCCCGUCCUCAGCCCCCCACUGACCUCUGACCCUCCACGUGCCCUCAGCCAUGCCCAUCCUGGGCCUCUGCUUCAUCUAUAAAAUGGGGUCCCUGUGCCCAGCUUGCCCCUCAGGGAGUUCUGCCUAUUAAAUGAGUCCCAGAGGGC